GCUAGCCAGUGGUUUGUUCUUAGGGUUACAGAGGAGGAAAUUGCUCCCCGAGUGAUAAGACAACAGGACGAAACGGACGCAUGCCGUUUCAUAGGAAUACGGCUGAUCACCAGAUAUGACCAUGUAUUUGUGGCUUAAGCUCUUGGCAUUCGGUUUUGCCUUUCUGGACACAGUUGAGUUUGCGACUGGACAAACCACUCCUGCUAAUACUGCCUCUUCUGAACCUUCUUCUCCAACUCCGGAACUGCCAAAGUGUGAUGGUGACAAAUGUGCAAAUGUGGCAUACACAUAUGAUGAUGGAAGUAAAUCUUUUACUGCCAUAUUACAAACUAAUGAAAACCUGACUUGUGACUAUCAACCCUGUGAAAAUAACAUGAUCCAAAACCUCAGUGAAUGCCAAAGCUUCUUUAUUAUUACAAAUAAUGGACAAUGUAAUUGUAACGUGACUGUAGAUGUACCACCAGCUCCUAAAAAUUUUAAUUUGACUGACUGUACAAAGGAUGAAAAAGCAAAUACUUCUAUUUGUUUAAAUAUAACGAGUCAUAAUUUUACUUGUGAUGAAAAGAAAAUCUCAUACAUAUUUCAAUGUGGAAAUAAUAAAGGAAAAAAAACCAAAAAUUCUACAAAUAGGAGAUCUGCUGUAUUCGAGGCUGCUCCAGAGACAAAUUAUACUUGUCAUGCAGAUGUACUCUAUAACAAUCAAAAGUUUGCCCAAAAAUAUAUAAAAGUUAAAACAGAUGUUGGAGUUCCACAAACGCCUCCGGAUCUUUCCUGUAAUGCUACAACUGCAAACAGCAGUGAGAUUAAGUGGCGGUUAGAGAACAGCUCUUCUUGUCAUUUUAAACUUUGCACAAAUAUUUCUAAAGAGUGCUACACCUUGACUGAAAGGAGUUACAAACUGGAACAUCUGAAACCUUACUCAUACUAUUCUGUCUCAUUAUUUGCCUUCAUCAUGGGACGAGUGCAACGCAAUGGGCCUGCUGAAACAUGUAAUUUUCAAACAAAUGCCUCACGUCCAGGCAAGGUCACAAAUUUGAAAGUUGGUUUGGCUACAGAUAAUUCUGUGAACGUGAAUUGUCAGGUUCCUGACAAACGUAAUGGUCCUGAAGGAGAAUACAUUUUAAAAGUCUCAAAAAACGGCGAAUCUGUGAAAAAAUACCGUAUGAAAGAAUGUAAAUUCUCAGUAGUAGAUCUUCAGUAUUCGACAAGAUAUACAUUUGAGGUCCUUUAUAAUAACGGACAUUAUGAUGGAAUUGCAGAGAGUAUAACUAAAUCAACAUCUUAUAAUUCUAAAGCACUGAUUAUAUUUCUGGUAUUUCUGAUUAUUGUAACAUCAAUAGCCCUGCUUGUUGUUCUCUAUAAAAUCUAUGAUCUUCAUAAGAAAAGGUCCAGCGAUUUAGGUGAAAUAAUUGGUCUUGUCGACAAGGAUGAAAAACAGCUGAUGACUGUGGAGCCAAUUCAUUCAGAUGUCUUGUUGGAAACUUACAAAAGAAAGAUUGCUGAUGAAGGAAGACUUUUUCUGGCCGAGUUUCAGAGCAUCCCACGGGUGUUCAGCAAGUCUCCUUGCAAGGAUGCUCGGAAGCCCAUUAACCAGAAUAAAAACCGCUAUGUUGAUAUUCUUCCUUAUGAUUAUAACCGGGUUGAACUCUCUGACAUAAAUGGAGAUGCAGGGUCAACCUAUAUAAAUGCCAGCUAUAUUGAUGGUUUCAAGGAACCAAGGAAGUACAUUGCUGCACAAGGCCCUAGGGAUGAAACUGUGGAUGAUUUCUGGAGGAUGAUCUGGGAGCAGAAGGCCACAGUUAUUGUCAUGGUCACUCGAUGUGAGGAAGGAAAUAGGAACAAGUGUGCAGAAUACUGGCCAUCCAUGGACGAGGGAACCCGGACCUUUGGAGAUAUUGUUGUCAAGGUUCUCAAGUACAAGAGAUGUCCAGAUUACAUCAUACAGAAGAUGAACAUUACAAACAAAAAAGAAAAAACAAAUGGACGGGAGGUGACGCACAUUCAGUUCACCAGCUGGCCAGAUCACGGAGUGCCCGACGAUCCUCACCUGCUCCUCAAGCUGCGCCGGCGAGUGAAUGCUUUCAGCAACUUCUUCAGUGGCCCCAUCGUGGUGCAUUGCAGUGCUGGUGUUGGACGCACGGGGACCUAUAUUGGAAUUGAUGCCAUGCUAGAAAAACUGGAGGCAGAGAAUGAAGUGGAUGUUUAUGGCUAUGUGGUCAAGCUGAGGCAGCAGAGAUGUCUGAUGGUUCAAGUGGAGGCACAGUACAUCUUGAUUCAUCAGGCCUUGGUGGAGUAUAAUCAGUUUGGGGAAACAGAAGUGAGCUUGUCUGAGUUGCAUUCAUAUUUAUAUAACACAAAGAAAAGAGACCCUCCCAGUGAGCCAUCUCCUCUGGAGGCUGAAUUUCAGAGACUUCCUACGUAUAGGAACUGGAGGACGCAGCACACUGGGAAUCAAGAAGAAAACAAAAAUAAAAACAGGAAUUCUUAUGUCAUUCCAUAUGAUUUUAACAGAGUGCCACUUAAGCAUGAUCUGGAAAUGAGCAAAGAGAGUGAACAGGAGUCAGAUGAGUCUUCUGAUGAUGACAGUGACUCAGAGGAAACCAGCAAGUACAUCAAUGCAUCUUUUAUAAUGAGUUACUGGAAACCUGAAAUGAUGAUUGCUACUCAGGGACCUCUGAAAGACACCAUCGGUGACUUUUGGGAGAUGAUAUUCCAAAGAAAAGUCAAAAUUAUUGUUAUGCUGACAGAUUUGAAGAACGGAGACCAGGAAUGCUGUGCUCAGUACUGGGCAGAAGGAAAGCAAAUCUAUGGAGAAAUAGAAGUCAAUAUGACAGACACAAACCAGUGUUCAGCUUACACCAUCCGUGUCUUUGAACUGACGCAUUCCAAGAAGAAAGACUGCCGAACUGUGUACCAGUACCAAUAUAAUAAGUGGAGUGUGGAGGAACUUCCCACAGAACCCAAAGAACUAAUCUCUAUGAUCCAGAGUCUCAAGGAAAAACUUCCCCAAAAUGGUUCCAUCGAAGGAGCUAGGAGUCACAAGAACGUGCCUCUCCUCAUUCAUUGCAGAGAUGGAUCUCAGCAAACAGGUGUAUUUUGUGCUUUGCUUAAUCUCUUGGAUAGUGCAGAAACAGAAGAGGUAAUCGAUGUUUUUCAAGUAGUAAAAUCUCUUCGCAAAGCUAGACCAGGAAUGAUUCCCUCAUUUGAACAAUACCAAUUCCUCUAUGAUGCUAUGGCUAGUCUUUAUCCUCCCCAGAAUGGACAAGUAAAGGAAAACAAUAAUCAAGAAGAUAAAAUUCAAUUUGAUAAUGAAGUGGACAAAGUGAAACAAGAUGCUAAUUGUGUCAGUCCACUCAGUAAGCCAGAGAAGGACCAUGAAGAAAAAAAGGAAGAUGAAGCUUCCAAACCCACAAAUGACACUGAGGGACCAGAACAUUCUGCCAAUGGCCCAGCCAGUCAUGCUUUUACCCAAAAUUCAUAGGAAAAGACAGAAAAAGUAAAACUUAUGUUAGCUGUUACUCUUAAUUUUCUAGAAAUAGGAAGACAAAAUUGAUAAGUGGUGAUUGAAGGACAUCUAUGCAAAAUUUCUAUUUUACUAUAAAAUAUUUGUUUUGCUAAAACAUUUUGUACAGUUAUGCUUAGUUUUUUAAAACUUUUAUCUAUCAUUCAGCAAAAAAUAAACUUCUUUGAAGCCUUUACAUAUGUAUGUGAGAGACAAGAAAAAAAGUAAGAGAGAAAAAGAGAGUACCAUUCAGUAAAUUGUUUCUGGGAAACUGCUUUUUGAAGCCAAAGAUUAUACUGGAAUUGCUGACUUAGUUUACAGAAGCUAUUUUUCUAACUCAGAAGUUACCAUGUGGCCUAUACGUAAGAAUAGUAUGUACAUGUCCAGAAUGACCUCAAGAAGCCAUUCAUGUUCUAGUCGCAUAGAUCUUAGAGUAUAUAAUUUUACCUUUAGAAAUAGGAAUAAAAGUAGUAUGCUACAUAUAGUUAGUAUGAGUUAACUAAGUUAACAUUUGGAAACCAGAUUUGAUGUAUAAACAUUUAGUUCAUCAUCUUUUCAAGUUUAUUUAAUCUAAUUUAAAAAUCUUAAACUGAACUAUCUUAUCUUAUGUGGUGUUUACAAUUUUUGCAAUAUGAAUUACUCUCUACCCGAUAUGUGAAAGUCAUCUCUGGUUUCUCUGACAAAAAAGAAAAAAAAGGUAUGUCAGUUUCAGUUGAAUUUAUAUAAACAUCUUUAAUAAAAUGCAGAGUAUGUUAAAUUCAUAGGAAUGAAUGCUGAGUUAUUUGCAUGUGACAUAUAAUAAAGCUCCUCUCGUGGACCAUAAAUUGAUCUGAAAAAUAUAUUACACUUUUGUAUGU